AUGCGAGUUUCCAUUACAGGACUGGUUAUCGACACCUUCAACAGCAACAGCUCCGUCGGUAUCAACCUUGUCAACCAUCUCAAUGACAUCAGCGUAAUCGAACUACUAGAGUUUCUCAGCGGGGCGGGAGAGCCCUGGGUAGCACAUCCCUAUAUUGGUCGAACCAACAUCGGCCAUAGCUGGCAAAAAGUCCUUGACCUCAUGGAUGAAGUUGAACACAUGGGGAUCCUUUACUUUGCCAGUUGGGGGCCUCUUGUUGCAGAACCUUCAUCGCCGGCCACACUCUUGCUAAACAUAUGUACGUGGGCAGAUAAGAUCGAGCAGCUUUCUGUCUGUGCCAAUGACACCGGUAGCUGGAAGCUGUUCAAUGUGGCCAGUAACUCUCUGGCAAGUGCACUUGGCCUUCGAAGCAUGGCGAACGAUUUCUUGCAGGCAGAUCUUAAUCCUGGGCCUAAAUUGGGGAUUAUCAGUCAAUGUCUUACUCAGGUUGCCGUUGACCGUCCCGAUAGUCAGGAGCAUUCGCAUUGGGACUAUCUCUAUGCUCUUUCUGUUCGUAUUACUUCAUGA